AUGAAUAUUUGCGAACACUGUGGAGAUCAUUUGAAAAUGAGCAGUUCAGAUAGAAUCGAACUUUCGAUUGAUCCAGGUACUUGGAAUCCUAUGGAUGAAGACAUGUUUUCUCUGGAUCCCAUUGAAUGGGACAAACCUUAUACGGAAGACGAACCUUCUACGGAAGACGAAUACGACUCUUCUACGGAAGACGAAUACGAAUCUUCUACGGAAGACAAACCUUCUAACGAACCUUCUACGGAAGACAAACCUUCUAACGAACCUUCGACGGAAGACAAACCUUCUAACGAACCUUCGACGGAAGACAAACCUUCUAACGAACCUUCGACGGAAGACAAACCUUAUACGGAAGACGAAUCUUCUCCGGAAGACGAAUCUUCUCCGGAAGACGAAUCUUCUCCGGAAGACGAAUCUUCUCCGGAAGACGAACCUUCUACGGAAGACGAAUACGACUCUUCUACGGAAGACGAACCUUAUAUAGAUCGUCUUGAUUUUUAUCAAGAAAGUACAGGAUUACUGGAGGCGGUUCAAACAGGCACAGGUCAACUAAAUGGUAUUCCUGUAGCAAUAGGUAUUAUGGAUUUUCAGUUUCUGGGGGGUAGUAUGGGAUCCGUAGUGGGUGAGAAAAUAACUCGGUUGAUCGAAUAUGCUACCAAUCAACUUUUACCUCUUAUUAUAGUAUGUGCGUCCGGAGGAGCGCGUAUGCAAGAAGGAAGUUUGAGCUUAAUGCAAAUGGCUAAAAUAUCUUCUGCUUUAUAUAAUUAUCAAAUCAAUCAAAAGUUACUCUAUGUAGCGAUACUUACAUCGCCUACUACUGGUGGGGUAACAGCUAGUUUUGGGAUGUUGGGGGAUAUCAUUAUUGCCGAACCAAAAGCUUACCUUGCAUUUGCGGGUAAAAGAGUAAUUGAACAAACGUUGAAUAAGGAAGUGCCUGAAGGUUCCCAAUCGGCUGAAGUUUUUUUCGAAAAAGGCUUAUUGGAUGCAAUCGUAUCACGUGAUUCUUUAAAGGACUUUUUAAGUGAGUUAUUUGAAUUCCAUGGUUGCUUUCCUUGGAUUGAAAAUGAAAACUAA